AUGAUCAGCGAAGAAAUAUCAACAAUUUUUGUGGUGGGAUUCCCCGAGGAUAUGCAAGAACGCGAAUUUCAAAACAUGUUCAUCUUCUCCCCGGGAUUCGAGGCUGCCACUCUCAAGGUACCUCAUAAAGAUUCGGCUUCCUCGUCUGCGGGUGAAGAAAGUGAUGAGGCGACCAACGGAAGUAGUGGAAGUAACAGUAGUGUCAAUGGAAGUGGAAUUAAUCCGAGAAAACAAAUUAUCGGAUUUGCUAAAUUCCGUACUAGGGAAGAAGCUUUAAUUGCACGAGACAUUCUCAGUGGACGAAAAGUUGAUGCGGAAAAAGGAUCAGUUCUCAAAGCGGAAAUGGCUAAAAAGAAUUUACACAAUAAACGCGGUCUCUCCAGCGAACCACAAGGCAAUACCAGCAACAAUAAUAGUACUACUUCUCUUACUGCAUCUUCUGUUGCUGCUGCCGCGUCUUCCUGCUCUUCGUCUUCAUAUCCGCUUGUUCCCCCAACAAAAAGAUUCCAAACCCCCGGCAAUAUAAACACUUUGUCCUCUUCUUCUUCGACUACUGGUGGUAACAACUACGAUAAUUAUCUGUAUGGUGCUCCGCCACUUCCCAGCGAUUUAUUAUCACCACAAGAUUAUGGUGAUUACGGAUACGAUUUUUCAGAUGUAAGUGUUUAUACUCCGGAUACGCCCACAACUCCUGUCUUUCCAAAUGAUAAUUCUCCUUUUGCCACGGCUCGUGGUUCAUUUGAUGCUACAAAUGGCGCCGGUAUUGUCCCUAUUGGUGGUAUGAUUGGUUCCGCUGGUGCUAUUGGUCAACGUAGCAAUCUUAUGGGUGGGAGUGUUGGUGUGAAUAAUGGUAACUCUAUUGGUGGUAUUGUGGGAGGAGGAGCUGCAGGGAUGCGAUAUAAAAAUAUCUUGGGCGAUUGUGAUGAGAUAAAUUACUUUACUUCGAAAUCUCCUGUCGAUAUCUUAUCUAAUUCAAUAUCAACAAAGGUUUCCGCGAAUGGAUUUCCCGCCGCACUAUUGAUGAAUGAUGGACUCGCCAAUCAAAUGCAACAAUUGACCAUGAAUCCUUCCGUUGUGUCUCAAUUACCUCCAUCAACGUUGAUAUCCUCUUCACCACUCUCAAUUCCUGGUUUUCGUCCUCCGAAUCCAGCCGACCAAAAUCCCCCAUGUAAUACAUUGUACGUCGGAAACUUGCCAAUGAAUACUCUCGAAGAGGAAUUAAAAGACAUGUUUUCAAAGUGUCCCGGAUACAAACGUAUGUGCUUCCGCACCAAGCAAAAUGGUCCUAUGUGUUUUGUCGAAUUUGAGGAUGUGCACUAUGCAACUCAAGCCAUGGCUGAACUGAACGGCAAUCUUCUCUCGAAUUCAAUCAAGGGGGGGAUCAGAUUGAGUUUCUCAAAGAACCCACUCGGUGUCCGAAGUAACAACAACAAUAAUCAUAGCGGAGAACGACGUGGAAGUAACUUCGGGCUAGAAAGACGUGACUCAACUUAUAGUCUUUUAUCGGAUCGUGGUAAUUCAAAUUUUAAUUUGGAGAGACGCGAUUCGAAUUAUGGACUUGAGCGGCGCGAUUCUAAUUACGGUCUCGAAAGACGUGACUCUGCGUAUAACACAUUGUCGUCAAAUGAGAGAAGAGAAUCGAGUUACGGAUUAGAAAGACGUGAUUCUUUGGGUUUCUCGAACUCUCUUGGUAACGGUGGUGCUGUAACUACUAGUCCGUUCAUCUUCCCGGAACGACUUAAUCAUUUGGAGAGACGUGAUAGUAGCGGGUCAUCGAGCUUUUUGUUGAGUUCUGAGCGGAGAGAUUCCUAUUUUACACCCGAAAGAAGGGACUCGUUUUCUUUCGAUCCACAAUUGGCUUAA